CUCUGUCUCUGUGUUUCUGUUGUAGCUGUGGUCUGUGUGUUGUCAGGGGUGAUUACAAACAGAGCAACAGAAGGAGGAAAUGCUCACAUUCAGUGUCCUUAUGAUCGGGGGUAUGAGACAUACCAGAAGUACCUCUCUAAAGGGUCAUACAGAGACAGUGUUGUUGUCAUCCAAACCCAAAAACAACGGCACCCAGCGUGGACUUAUAAAGGGAGAUAUUCUCUGUAUGACGACACAGAGAGAAGAGUCUUCACUGUGAACAUCACUAACCUGAUCCUAGAGGAUGCUGAUACAUACUGGUGUGGAGUGAAUACAUGGGGACAUGAUGAGCCAACUGAAGUCAGGCUCACUGUGGUCAGAGCUCCUGUUCCUCCCAAACCUGGCUCAGUCACCUCCAGACCUCUCUUCUCCACAACACACCCAUCAACAAAAAUCACCACUGGUGACGUGAUGUUCUCUGGUGUUGUUCUGGGUGGUGUUAUACUACUGCUGGGUCUGCUGCUGUUCAUGUUCUUUAGACAGAGGAGAGACAGAGACAGGAGACCAACAGCCAACCAAGACACAGGUACCAUCGCCACAACAGAUACAGCCUGUGACUUCACUUCCAUAUUUGCCACGGCAACCAAUCCUUGUACAAAUGUAAUUUACUCCAAAGUUGGUCCGUCUCCAGAGGUUCUAGACAGUGUGACCUAUACUACUGUCAACUUCACCAGAAAUCCAGCUUGUC